GUGAGUGUAGUUCUUUUUGUGUGGUGGAAUAGAAAUUGUAGUAAAAUGGAUAAAACAUAUCAGUACAUAAAAACGUCAAUAGUUACGUUUAAAUUGGAUUACUGCUGUUGGAUUGCGCCCGUUCGGGUGGGAAUUUAUAUUAUAGCUUAUAUGAACAUAUUAAUUUCGUUAGUGUCACUAGUGGGAACAGCGAACGACAGCUACUCGCCGACCAUAAUGAAGAUCCAGGAGAUUCUGAUCGAGGACUACGUGUCGAAGCCGAUCCCUAUUUUGGCUUACGCCACCGAAUUGAGCUUUAACGUGCUGCUGCUGUGUGCUAUGUACCGGAAAGAUAUCGUCCUUCUUCGCGUGUUCAUGAACUACAGCAUCGCCACGAUAAUCUCUGCGACCUUAGUAUACUCUAUGGUCAUAGCCGCUAUAGACGUGCUUCUCAUCAUUACUGUGAUUUCCAGUGUAUUAUUCCAGAUCUACGUCCUGAUACUAGUCCGAAGCGCUAUAGUUGAAUUCAAGGAAGAAAUAGCGGUGAAGAAUGGGAAGAUACCUACGGAGAUAGUCUUCAGUACAUUGACUAAAGAACAUGCUGAGAAGAGCGAAGCAACCGAGGUGCCUACCGCAGUAGUCACCGAGGGUGAUGUGGCUCCCGUGAAAGAGGAACCGAAGAAAGAAAGAGACAGCAAAUUGGAGACUGUGGACGAACAUCCCAACGAAGUCACUGUUGAGGUUAAACCUUGAAAAAGUGAAGCUUAUUUAAUUUUAUUUGAUGUGAGGACAUCAUGAGAAAAAUUGUGUCUCUAUUUAAUAUUACAAAUUGUUUUGUUUUUAUGAUAAGUAAUGUACCUAAGCUGUUAACUAAAAUGGGUUCUACAACUACAGGUUAAUGAAAUGAAACUCUGAAUGUAUUCAAGUCAUAUAUUUUGUAAUCGUCAUUAAGUUGUCAUACGAAACUAUAAAUUCAAGUACAAACAAAUACUUCAACAUUUUAACAUAAGAAAUUUAGUUACUAAAGCCUCUAGCACAGCCCACACGAGUGCGACAAAGCUGUAGGUUAUAACUAUUCAAUAAGUACGUAUACUUCACAUUACACUCUAGCCGGCUGUUUGCUAGAGUCUUUAUCGUAAAAAAAAA